AUUGUAUUCAUGAAUCUUAUUUUGUUAUAUUGUAGGUUUGCGCUAUUAUUGUAUUCAGCUGUAUAUCUAGCGAGGGAUGGCAGUUUCACCAUUCCACAAACAAAGAGGUGUGCAUCAUGAAUGGAUCAAGUACUGCUUGUAAUCUGGGGAAUACUGUGGCUGUUAUAGCGUUCCUUGCAGCUAUAGGGUUCCUGGUUGGAGAAUAUCUGUAUGAGCAGAUGAGUAGCAUCAAGUCAAGGAAGCAUUUCCUCUGGGCAGAUAUAGGAUUUUCAGGUACACCGGAUAUAGGAUUCUCAGGUACAGCAGAUAUAGGAUUCUCAGGUACAGCAGAUAUAGGAUUCUCAGGUACAGCAGAUAUAGGAUUCUCAGGUUCAGAAGAUAUAGGAUUCUCCGGUACAGCAGAUAUAGGAUUCUCAGGUACACCAGAUAUAGGAUUCUCAGGUACACCAGAUAUAGGAUUCUCAGGUACACCAGAUAUAGGAUUCUCAGGUACACCAGAUAUAGGAUUCUCAGGUACACCAGAUAUAGGAUUCUCAGGUGCACCAGAUAUAGGAUUCUCAG